AUGGCUAGUUUGGUUUCUCCUAUAGCUCAGUUGGUAGAGCGUGCGGCUGUUAACCUCAAGGUCGCUGGUUCAAACCCAGCUGGGAGAGCUCCUUUGCACCACGCGCUGUCCAGCCUCAUAUUGAGCAGCAUCUCGUGCACGACGUCGCUUCUACUGUCAUUAAACCUGAUGCACCGAUGCUCCGUUAUCGACGCCAUCACACACCACCUUAUGGGUCCGUUGGGAGGGGGUGCGCGGGGGGCCUUUCUGGGCGGGGGGCGGGCCCCACCCGGUCUUGGUGACAACAUCUUGGUUUCGUUCUUUCUCUGGUGCCAGGUGAGCUACUUUGUCGCUAUUGUCGCCGUUGUCAAAAGACAGGCUAACGAACUCGAGUGUAAGCUCAAGCAAUCGGAUACUGCCUGUGAUGUGGAGUCGGCUGUCAGUGUAAGUGCUGGUCGUAUCCGAUCAUCAUCAGGAAAAUAUCCUGUCAUGAGGGUACACGUGUGGCUACUCCCGACGUCGCGAGCAAGUUGCGAUGCAGAUAUGAACAGAACCUGGAAGGACAUUCAGGCACAGCGCAAUCUGACGGACAAGACGGCGCCUCAGUUGGUAGAGCGUGUGGCUGUUAACCUCAAGGUCGCUGGUUCAAACCCAGCUGGGAGAGAUCCUUUGCACCACGCGCUGUCCAGCCUCAUAUUGAGCAGCAUCUCGUGCACGACGUCGCUUCUGCUGUCAUUAGAUGCACCGAUUCUCCGUUAUCGACGCCAUCACCACCGUAUUGGACCGUUCGAAUGCGAUGCACGUUGCAACAUUCUGAUUGAUGGUCGAGUCCCACCCCGAAGACAGGCUAACGAACUCGAGUGUGAGCUCAAGCAAUCGGAUGCUGCCUGUGACCCGGUGUCAGCUGUCAGUGUGAGUGCUGGUCGUAUCCGAUCAUCAUCAGGAAAAUAUCCUGUCAUGUAA